AUGGACAAAGCAAAAGUGCCAUACACUUCUCUUUUGAAAGGGGAUUUCAAAUAUGUAGUAUGCGGAAUUCCAGAACACGCAUCAUUACGGGAUCCAUCGACUAUGGGAGAAGCAGCAUUGGAUUUAUUUAUUGAAAAAUCAAAUGAGAUUACGUUUGUGGAAAGGGAGAUAGUGGAAGGAAAUAAUGUUCUUCAUGCAGUAAAUGUUGAGGAAUGUGACAAAGAGCAAGACAAUGGCGGCCACAUCCAAGAAGUUGUUGAAGUUAGUGGUGAGAAUGAUAAUAAUAGUCAUGGCGAACUUGUUAACAACGUUUCCGACGAAUAUGAUGUUGGCCAUGGACAAAGAACUGAUAAUGUUAAUAAUGGUUGUGAAAAUGGUGAUGUUCCCGGUGAUAGAGAAGAUGUUGUAAAUAAUGGUGGCGAUGAUGAUGGUAAUUCUGGGAAUGUAUUUUGUGGACGAGACGGAACAGUUAAUGAAGGUGACGGAAACCUUGUAACAGAAAACGCCGUGCCUAAAAAAGUUGAUAAAGAGCACAGGAAGGGAAGAAGUAACAACAAAAGAAAAAGAAAAGAAGCAAAGUCCAGUGACAGAGAAAGUGUGUCUUGUGCAAAGAAAAGAGCUAGUCAUUUGACAUCCUAUGACAAAUGUAAAGCCUUUCUUUGUCAAGAACCAUCUUCCAAAGAUAAUGGAAUGGUGGAUUGGGUGUUGUGUGAUGUUUGUCAACAAUGGUACCAUUGGGAUUGCGUUGGCAUUACGACGAAGCCGAAAGGAAAAUUUGAUUGCGGAUGCAAUGUAUCUUACUUUACUCAUGGAUCUGCGAAAACAUUUGACAUAAAUAUAAAGGGAAAUCGCUCAUUCAGAGGAUUAAAGGCACAUUUAACAAAAAUCGUCAACGGUGCGAUAACCAGUAAACGCCACAGGUUAUUUAAGCAAAUGAUCCGUGGGCGAAAUCAAGCUCAGACUGAACUCACCGAUCUCUACAUGACGUGUCCUUUAACUCGAACUCAAGCAAACGAUCUGUUGAAUGUAGUCAAAGAAAUAGUCACAGAUAUUUUUCGAUCCUUUGAUGAAACAAAUUCAAUGAACAUCAACUACGUGUAUAACGUUUUAUUCCAUGAGGCCUGCAUAUAUUGUAUACGAAAAACUGAGCGUUGUCUCCGAAAUAACGCUGAAAAAAUUUAUAAUUGUGCGAGUGGAGUUCAAGACGGUGCAGACUCUGAAAGUGACUAA